GACGCAGAUAAAGAACAAGGGAAUUCCGCGCCCCUGAGACACAAUGUUGGCUCGGCGUGUUUCUCAGCUGCAAUACCUCAGGCGGCCGCUGUUCAUCCGGGUGUCGCUGUUGCGCCUGUCUCCGCUCGUGCCUCUGCCCUUGAGUUCUCUCUCUCUGCUCCUCAGACAUGGCGGCUCCCUGGCUUGUCAAUGCUGUUCUCCGCCGGCUCCUGUGCAGGGUCCCCGGGCAGCAGAUCCGCCCGCGCUCCUCGGGGAAGUUUGAGGCCGAGCCGCUGAGGCGGGAGGAGGAAGAGGAGUCUGGCGCAGAGGCCGCUGGGAACAUGGGGAGAAAAGCCAAAGGUUUACUGAGGGAAUUCCCGGAGCCCAAGUCGCUGCUGCACAACGUUGUAUCCCGAGCCCUACGGACGUCCCACACCAGCGAUACGUUACUUUAUAUCCACAGGAGCAGCUCCGGCGAGAAUAAAGUGACUCUGAAGCUAAAAUGGCCCAAAUAUAUGGAAAUCGAGGCCUGUGGACCAAAGAAGAUCGAUGCAGAGCGACAGGCGGCUGCCAUGGCCUGUAAGAUAUUCCAGAACCUGGGCUUGUUGGGCCCCAGUAACCAGCUCUGUAAGAGAAGUAAAUACGAGGAGCUGGUCGGCCAGUUUCAUACACAGGGGCACGAGGAGGAGGAGUACUGGAGGGAUCCACAGGAAUAUAACUGGGAAUGGAGAGAUGGACCCGACAGUCAGACGGAAAGGGACCUGGAAUACAGAAAAGAAGAGGUUAUUCCCAGGACACAAAGAAAGGACCAAAAAGCAAACCGGGAGUCCAGGUCGCCUUCCAAUGAUUUGGCUGAAGAUGCAAAUGCCCUUCAAGCUUUGGGUCAGUUCUCCCAACCUAAAAGUGUACUGGCCACAGUGGUUCAGAGAGCGACAUCCUCGUCUAAUUCUAAGGACUAUAUCCAUUACCAGUGCGAUGGAGGAAGGAUCAAGUCCUGUCAGCUGACCCUGAAUUGGCCGGAGCCUUUAAGUUUUAUGGCCAGAGGGAGGCGCCGUAUAGAGGCUGAGAAUAAAGCAGCUGCACUGGCUUGUCAGAAAUUAAAGGCCCUGGGGCUACUCGAUACCAACAACAAGCCGCUCUCCCAUGCCAAGUACCACCAGCCGUAUGUCCAGCAGCUCCAGGAGGAGCAGAGGAAGCCGAAGAGGUUCCAUGUUCCUGAGUCUGUGCUGCAGAGAAUAGAGGAUUACCUGUACCAGUAUCCAGUAGAUCCCCCUUAUCCAUCCAACCAGGCGGAGGAAUAUGCAGAGGAAUACACAGAGGCGGAUUACACAGCAGAUAUGGAGGAGGCUCCCUGCAGUAUCAGUGAUGUCAUCACUGGCAGGAAGUUCCGCCCACUCUCUCAACAGGAAGUGGACAAGAUCAGCCGGACCCUGCAGGAUCUCUGGAGGUUGAGGCAGCAGCGGGAGGUUUCACUGUUGAGUCUUCCAGCAGACGGACAGCGUGAGGCCAUUGUGUCGGCCAUUGAGCGCCACCCUGUGGUGGUUAUAGCGGGGGACACCGGCUGUGGAAAGACCACCCGCAUCCCUCAGUUUAUCCUGGAGGACGCCAUUGUUCGUGGACAAGGAGCAGAUUGUAACAUGUUGAUCACUCAGCCCCGGCGCAUCAGCGCUGUGUCCGUCUCUCAACGCGUCGGCCAUGAGCUGGGCCCUGCGCUGCGCAGGAAUGUGGGUUAUCAGGUCAGACUGGAGAGCUCGUUGCCUCCCCGCGGAGGGGCCCUCCUCUUCUGCACCGUUGGGGUCUUACUGAAGAAACUGCAGAGCAACCCCACUCUGGAGGGCGUGAGUCACGUUCUGGUGGAUGAGGUGCACGAGCGAGAUGUCAACACAGACUUUCUCCUCAUCCUCCUGAAGAAGGUUCAGCAGCAGAACCCGCAGCUCAAGGUGGUGCUAAUGAGCGCCACUGGGGACAAUGAGAGAAUAUCCAAAUACUUUGGGGACUGCCCGAUUAUACGGGUGCCGGGGUUUAUGUAUCCGGUGCAGGAGCAUUACUUGGACGAUGUUGCCGCCAUGUUGGGCAGAAAGGCUGAUAAGCUGAUUCAGGCCAAUAUGGAGGAAUCUGCACUUGACCUGGAUCUGAUCAGCAGCGUCGUCCAACAUAUUGCUGACAAUGGGCCGCCAGGGGGGAUUCUCUGUUUCCUUCCCGGCUGGCAGGAGAUUCGGGGGGUGCAGCAGAGACUGGAGGAGACUCAGCCGUGGGUCAAGGAGAAGUUUCUCAUUUUACCAGUUCACUCCAACAUUCCCAUGAUGGACCAGCAGAGCAUCUUCCAGCGGCCGCCCCCUGGAGUCCGUAAGAUCGUCCUGGCCACUAACAUCGCUGAGACGUCGGUCACUAUUGAUGACAUUGUACAUGUGGUGGACUGCGGGCGGCAGAAGGAGCAGCGCUAUGACCUCAGGACUAAGGUUUCCUGCUUGGAGACUUCAUGGGUCUCUAAAUCCAAUGUGACUCAGAGACGUGGGAGAGCCGGGAGGUGCCAGCCGGGAUUCUCUUAUCAUCUCUUCACUCGCGAGCAGCACCAAUCAAUGGCCUCCUUCCAAGUCCCCGAGAUCCUGCGCACCCCCCUGGAGAGCCUGGUACUGCAGGCCAAGGUUCAUGUUCCGGAGAUGACGGCGGUGGAGUUCCUGUCUCAAGCUUUGGAAAGUCCAGACCCCCAGGCGAUUGCUGAUGCAGUGCAACUCCUGCAGGAAAUCCGGGUGCUGGAUAGUGACGAGCAGCUGACGUUACUGGGCCAGAGAGUCUCCAACAUCUCCACUGAUCCCAAACUGGCCAAAGCCAUCGUCCUGGCCUCCAUCUUCCGCUGCCUCCAUCCCCUGCUCGUUAUUGUUGCCUGUCUCACCAGAGACCCCUUCCAGGGUGGGCUGCAGAAUAGAGCGCAGGUCAACAGAGCAAAGAAGUCCCUGAGUGGAGAGUCGUGCAGUGAUCACAUGGCGUAUGUACGAGCGUUACAGGGAUGGGAAGAGAUUCUGAGUCAGAGAAACGGCAGCGCCAGAGAGAACUUCCUCCAGACCCACACGCUCUCCCCCGGGGCCCUGCGCUUCAUCCAAGGUCUUGUCGCGCAGUUUUCUUCCAAUGUGUUCGAUGCCUUCCUGGUGUCUGAUGCCUCCGAGUGCAGAGACCGCGACUCAAUGUGUAACCAGUUUAGCCACGAGAAGGAGCUGCUGAAGGCUGUGCUGCUGGCUGGGCUCUACCCAAACCUUGUCCACGUCAAGCGCGGAUUUGUGAGCAAAGGGAAAUUCAAGCCCAACAGCCUCUUGUAUAAGACGAGGGAAGGGGCUGUUCUCCUCCACAGGACGACCAUUAACAGGGAUGAGAAGCACCUCACUAGCCCGUGGCUCACUUAUUUUCUGGCAGUCAAGUCCAGCGGCAGCGUCUUUGUGCGGGACAGUUCCAUGGUGCACCCCCUGGCCGUGCUGCUAUUGGCUGACAGCUCUGUCAAUCUGAUAGAUCGGGGUCAGCAACUGGUGGUCAGCCUGUCAGACUGUGACCUCCUGAAGCUGGAAAGUGACAGUCGCACUAUUGCGCUGCUGAAUGAUUUGCGCCUGGCCCUGUCGCGCAUGGUGGGGCGGAGCCUGAGCCAAGAGCUGCCGGACUUUCCUGCUCAUGUACAAGAGGAGCACGAGCUUCUGAUCUCCGUAUUGGUUCAGCUUCUGAACAACACCGCCCACUGCUUUGGGGACAGAGCGGAAAGUCUCCCCGAGGAAUGAUUGAACUCACAUCGGGAAUUCUGCAUUUGUUUUCUGAGCUCCUUCUCUCCAGGGUCAGCGUCCCAGUUCCAGUUGGAGAGAUGGACUUAUUGCAAUGGCAGAACAUUCUCAUUUCAGGCACUUGACAAAGGAUAUUUAUUUUAUAUAUUCGCCAUUGCUACAGACUGUUUAAAAGUGAAAGUGCCGCUGUUGUUUGUACAGAUACAAAUAUAUAGAACUGGUUACUUUGUUUAUUAAACACUGAA